GUUCAACAUAUUCGGAAACGCUGCUAUCUUGGAGUGGCAGUUACACAGCCGUGUAGGCACGUUCUGGACUCUACAAAAGAAACGACUGCGACUUUCUGUGUUCGUCUGUACCUUCCAACAUGAAGCUGCUCACUAUCGUAUGGUUCCUGGGGUGCAUGGUGCUGGCCGUUUCCUCCGAGAACGAGGUGGAAGGGAACGAAGAGCGGAGGCCGACGUGGUUCGAGAGGGAGGAGUGGAUCAACCAGCCAGAGUGGCACUACGAGUCGCUGUGCCACAGCGAGGUGUGCACCAGCGUCUGGGAGCCCGUGUGCGGCUGCACCUGCGACGGCAUCUACUGCCGCACCUUCGAGAACGAGUGCUACCUGCGCGUCUACAACUGCCGCAACACGCCCGAUUAUAACUUCAACCGAAAUGGAACUUGCGACGAAUGCCCAGGUUUUGAGACAAAGGGGUAUUGGACCAAAGAGAAAAUGGGCAAGCCCGAGUGGAACAAUUUUGAAGCCAAGGUCUGAACGGAAAAUUUCUUGAACUAAUCUGGACAUGUUUUCUUCACUGAAAUGUAACGACUCCUAUUGCAAAUUGUUUUCAUUUGUAUCACGUGAUGUUUCUUUGAAAUAAACUACAGCAUAGCUGUUCUGCCAACAGUUUAAGACUCUUCAC